AUGAUUACCAACAACAGAGUAGAUUUGAAAGCGGCCAAGAGUUUGCCGGAAUACGUGAUUUUCGAAUGUGCGCAUCUAAAAAUCUUGCCAUUGGAACAAUACUUUCCAGAAGAACAAGAACAUUCUCGUUGCCUUAACAAACCUCCAUUAGCUUUAGUUUUACGUAUUGUUACUAAUGAGAUUUGUAUAGUCUUGGCUGAAAAGAAACUAGAAAUUUCAUUCCCUUUAGAACAUCUUUGUAGGUUCGCAAUUAAUGAAAGGCGUGAUAUUGAAUUGGGACUGAAGAGGGAAUUUAGAAAAAUCUUUUAUGAAUACCCUCUUGGAAAACUUGAUUCUAGAAUUCAAAUUGCAAUGGACCCUUUAGGAGGAUUCCUGGACAAAAUCACCACCAUUGUUUUUAGCCCAUGGUGUUACGUCGAAGAUGAAAUGUAUUUAAGGUUAACUUGUGAAAUGAGAAAGCUAAGGUUUAAUAAGGAAGGCUCAAAGAAACAAACUACUAAUAUGCUUACUCGGUUUCAAGAACCAUCAAAUCAGCUACAACAUAAUGAGAAUGAAUUUGUCAACGUUAGUCGACGAAUUAAUCAAGAUAAAUCUUUCAGUCAGGAACAAGAGCAACCAAGUGUUGCGAGCGAACAUGUUCAUUCCUUUCGAAAAGAUUAUCCUUCUAGACUUACUGCCGUCAACAUACCCAAGGAAGUAGUUUCAGUUGGACCAGUGCGAUCACAUAACGAAUCAAUUUUUGAGAGGAACAACAAAACCAACUCAUCAAAUACAACGGAUUUACCGACAGCUAAUUCACCUAAAGCCAAAGUAUCAAAUAAAUGUCUCCUUGAUAUGAAUUGCCGGGAAUUAAUGAGUUUUUUAAAUAAUAAGCCCGAAGAAGAUGAUUCCAUAUCAAUUUCCAGGCAAAUUAACUACAAUGAGCCUUUUACUAAUAAACAAUACGAAAGUGAAAUUAAUUGUUCCGGCACAUUGUGCGUUGCAGAGCCUCAAUUAGAUAUUACUUGCGCAUUUCUCACUCGAUGUUACACGAUGGUAAUUCCCUACGAGACUUCACUUAAAGACUUGAUCAAUAUUAUUGAACAACAACAUAAUAUAAAAGUUAAUAUUAAUAACUUAUAUUUCAAGAAUGGCGCUGAUGAUAGAAUUAACCUUGUAGAUGAAGAAGAUUGGAUUGUGGCAAGAUUGGAGGCAAAGGAAGUUAUGAAUAAUAAGAUUGUUUUGUACUUUUCUCAUAGUUAG